UGCACAUCCCAGUGUUUUGAUCCAGGUUUGUUUCGGUGUUGUUGCUGCAGAGGCGCACACCCUCGCUCGGCUUUUUUUUUCCACGGAUCUCCGCGGGCCACGCGUGUGAGAGUCCCACGGCUCUCUCCACCUCCUGCGUCCUGCCUGCCUGCGUGGAAGAAUGUCUCGUCGGCUCCGGAGGGUUCCCCCAUCAUGACCUCACUGCGCCGCCGCUCCUCUUAACCGGGAUUCCUCGUCGCUCCUCACUGAUCCCGGCUUCGUUCCGGGACCCGGCUGCCUCCCUGCUCCUCUCCAAGAAGCAGAUUUGAUUUAUUUUUUUAUUUUAUUUUUUAAAUCCUGGGAUCUGGGAGCACCAAGUGUCGCCGAACAGAUCAUUGAUGGUUUGACGCCCAACUCGGACCUCCAAGAGAGCGAAGAAACUAAACCUCUUCAGGGCCUUGGCUAUGGGUGGAUCCAAGAGUAAGCCCAAAGAUGUCGGCCAGCGAACCCGCAGCCUUGACAGCAACAUCAGCUCUGGGGGAGGGGCUGGCGGUCACCACCACAAAUCUGCCCAACAGUCAGCGACACCCAACCGUAGCCCAACUGUGGACACGGGUCUCAGUAACAACCAGUCAAUCACCAAUAAUGCCGAACUCGCUCUGUUUGGAGGCGCGGAAAAUCACAGCAUCUCUUCGAACAGAAUAACCCUAGCAGGUGUGACGGCAUUUGUGGCCUUGUACGACUACGAGUCUCGAACAGAGACAGAUCUGUCUUUCAAGAAGGGGGAGCGUCUCCAGAUAAUAAAUAACACGAGGAAGAUAAGCUGCAGGGAAGGGGACUGGUGGCUGGCGCUCUCCCUGACCACCGGAAAGAGCGGCUAUAUCCCCAGCAAUUAUGUGGCUCCAUCUGACUCCAUCCAGGCAGAAGAUGAUCUCAAACUGACUCUAGAUUCCAGAUGGUUCUUUGCCAAAAUCACACGCCGUGAUUCAGAGAGGAUGCUGCUAGCUUUGGACAACAGAAGAGGGACUUUCGUGGUGAGAGAGAGUGAGACAACCAAAGGUGCCUACUGUCUGUCAGUGUUGGACUAUGACAACACCAGAGGGCUCAAUGUGAAACACUACAAGAUCAGGAAGCUGGACAGCGGGGGCUUCUACAUCACGUCCCGCACGCCGUUCGGCAGCCUGCAGCAGCUCGUCAACCAUUACCGCAAGCACGCAGACGGGCUGUGUCACAUUCUGACGGACAUCUGUCCCACGCUGAAGCCUCAGACUCAGGGCUUAUCCAGGGAUGCCUGGGAGAUCCCAAGAGAGUCCCUACGCCUGGAGGUCAAGAUGGGGCAGGGCUGCUUCGGAGAGGUCUGGAUGGGAACGUGGAACGGUACGACGCGGGUGGCGAUCAAGACGCUGAAGCCCGGCACCAUGUCCCCCGAGGCUUUCCUGCAGGAAGCUCAGGUCAUGAAGAAACUGAGACACGAGAAGCUUGUGCAGCUGUACGCCGUGGUGUCUGAGGAGCCCAUCUACAUCGUAACGGAGUUCAUGGGCCAAGGCAGCUUACUGGAGUGUCUGAAAGGAGAGUUUGGUGCAGUGCUCCGCCUUCCACAGCUGGUGGACUUUGCCUCACAGAUCGCUUCAGGGAUGGCCUAUGUGGAGAGGAUGAACUAUGUGCAUAGAGACCUGCGAGCUGCUAACAUCCUGGUGGGGGAUAAUCUGGUGUGCAAAGUAGCUGAUUUUGGUCUGGCUCGCCUCAUUGAGGAUAACGAAUACACGGCCAGGCAAGGCGCCAAGUUUCCCAUCAAGUGGACGGCUCCGGAGGCGGCGCUCUACGGCCGAUUCACCAUCAAAUCUGACGUCUGGUCCUUCGGGGUCCUGCUGACGGAGCUGGCCACCAAAGGCCGUGUGCCCUAUCCAGGUAUGGUGAACAGGGAGGUUUUGGAUCAGGUGGAGCGUGGUUACAGGAUGCCGUGUCCAGCAGAAUGCCCGGCUUCUCUCCACGAGCUGAUGCUAAACUGCUGGAGGAAGGAGCCUGAGGAGAGGCCCACCUUUGAAUACCUGCAGGGCUUCCUGGAGGAUUACUUCACCUCCACAGAGCCUCAGUACCAGCCUGGGGAUAACCUGUAACUAGGCUAUGCAAAUCGGACCAGAUGCAUUGAUUUAAAUGCUUGGACAGGGAUGUGUGGGAAUAUGGGGCAGAGAUCAGCAUAAAUCUGGGUACAAUCACUGACUUUUCCCCUUUUUUUCUCAAAGUCAUUGUCGUUCUUCAUACAUCUUUAUUCCGUGGAUAUAAAAACAGUGUGAGAUAGAUGUAUAAUUGCUUUGUUUGAUUUGUAUGGAACAUAAUCAAUGAGUUAAAUUUGAGAACUAUGGUCCUGCUGAUAAGUUCUUCAGUCAAAGGUACAUUUUUAGCAUUUUUAGGCCCAAGCAGCAAAGCACUGCGACGGUCUAAUGUAAUUUGAUUGUUUCUUCUUCUCCCCGACAAAUGGAUUGGCUUUUUGAAAGGGCUAAACAUGCACAAAAACUCACCAAAUUUUGCGCAUGCACCAGUCAUGCAGGACAUGUAAGUAUUUUAACGGUUUCACAAAAGUUGCAAUAGAAACAGCUCCAUAACGCCUCCUUGAAAUAGUCAAAACACCCUUCUCAUCUACCUUUAUCGUAGAAGUAGGGAACUGGUAAACUAGCAGAUCUUCCCAAGACCUUCACGCAACUCUUCUGCUCUACAACAAACAGGAAGUCGGCCAUCUUUGAUUGAAUAUGUAAAACUGACCCGCUUUUAACUGUUUCUAGUCUCUUCCUUUGAUCAAACUCCUUCCAGACGUUUUCUCCGUCAGCGUGAAAUUUGGUGAGUUUACUCACAGGGCAUGAGGGAUCUACAGUUAAUAAAUUCCUGACUUUUCAUGCAUGUCUAAGGAACGGGGCCAGACUAAAGUUUGACUUCUCGCCAUGAAAGUCAAAAUUGUUACAGCGCCUACAAAGAAAGUCACAGAGACCCAAAACCUCCUGUAAUUUAUCCACAUCAACAAAAAGUAGUCAACUGCUAACAUCACCUAAGCCCCGCCCCCUAAGACCAAGAAGUCUAAUGUUUUACUUUAGAAGGUCCAUAUUUGACCCACCAGACCUAAUCAACAUGAAACGGUGCCCAGUGACAGAGGACAGUUUGGUGUUUCUUGGACUGCAGACAGAGACUUUAUGCCAGAGAGAAUGGCUGCGUCAUGCCAUGGCCACACGUUUGUCUCCAAUUUCCUGCUAGAUCAGCUGAUCUGCACCAAACUGAACAUGAUGGAUAUUAAUCUAACUUCUAAAAUAUAUUUCUGCCACGAUUUUGUGGGCGUGGCAACAAAAAAAACCUGCAUAGUCCCCCCUAGAAGCAAUAAAACUUACAUCAUCAAGCCAUGCUUUAGAGGAGGAUUAUGUAAUUUGGUAGACAUGUGAAGCGUCUCAAGACCUACAAAAUAGUCGCCUGGAGGGUAUCGGCCAUUUUGGAUCCUUUUGUGUCUUUCACACACAUUGUAUCUGGGCAAACUCCUCCAACAGCUUUCGACUUACAGGCUUGUAAAUGACUUGGUGUAGUCGUAACUAGUGUUGCACCGAUACUGAUACCAGUAUCGGCCGGGGCCCCGAUACCGCACUAAAAUGGU